CUCAGAAACACCCAGGUUCCCUUGGGGAGCUCUGUGUGAGGGACCUCAGCAACGAACCCAAGAAAUGAUGUCACUUCCUGGCAACAGAACUCAACAGAACCCAGAACCCAGGGACCCAGGCACCACUGCGAGAGGAGACCCCAGCCAGAUCACUUGCUGCCAAGAUGUUCUGCUGUUUGCCCCUGCCCAGAGGCCGGGGCCUCGGGAGGGCUCACAGGCAGAGUGUGUGGGAUCGCUGGCGACGCUGGCUCAGGGCCCCCCGAGGAGGCCUCUGGCCCUUUGCCCGAAGGAACAGGAAGAGCUUCCCACCGGAUGUGGCCGACGAGGGGGACACGCCGUCCACCUCCUCGAGGGAGGGGUCGGAGCCCCAUCCCCCUGCCCGUGAGGCCCAGUGCAGGGUCCAGGUGAGCGUGCCCAUGGAGGGGUCAGCCCAAGGGGCAGUGAAGAGCAAGAGGGGAAGGCCUCCCCAGAAACCACCCAGGACACACCGCGGGGCCCAGUCUCGGGCUGCUUCGCGGCUCAGCACACCUGGCUCCGACCCAGAGCCCCGAGCACCCCUCCCUCUGAGGCAGCAUGAGGACCUGGAGCCCAGCGCGGCAGAGCACAGAGCUCUAGCUCUGACCUUCCAACUCAACCAGGCUCCAUUUCCAACACCUGUCCCUCCAGAGGUGCUUGCUGCACGUGCAGGACCCAGGGAUCCACUGAGGGGACAUCGAGACCUGAUCCAUCCUGCCUCAAAGACACUGGGCCAGCUGGUUCCUGGCCACCACACUGGGCAGAUCGGACCUCUGUGCCUGCAGGACGCCCAGCCCCAGGCACCGAUGUCUCAGGAGGAGCUGCGGGUCCACACCGGGAACGGGCGCUCUCAACCCCUGGGCUCAGCAGCGCCCUCAUCCUCAGGCUGGCGGCUCUGCCCUGACGGGAGCUGGAAGGCCACCAACCGCCCCAGGCCGACCUCACUCCCCUUCCACUGCUGGAGCCUGACGACAGCCAGCCGCACCCCUUCCGGCAGAACCAGAGCCCCUCUGCCCCUUGAUUCCAGGGUCAAGCCUGGCCCUGGGUCCUGA